AGAUCUCAAUUAGUCUGACAGAUCCACAAUGCCUUGCUCUCCCUUCCGAAUCAGGAGGCCGAAGAAGUUCUGGAAACAGGAUGGAGGAGAGCCCUGCAUUUCUAACACACUAGAUCCUUCACUGUUCCAGCCCUCACUGCCUCACUCAACGUUCCUCAAGACAACUGAUUUAUUUGAAAUGAUUGAGAAAAUGCAGAGCAACAGAAUGGACGAGCAACGAUGCACUCUUCCUCCUCCUCUCAAAACCGAGGAAGACUACAUCCCUUACCCCAGCGUCCAUGAGGUUCUUGGCAGAAAGAGUCCAUUUCCCUUAAUUCUGCUGCCCCAGUUUGGAGGUUAUUGGAUUGAAGGGACCAGUCAUGAGCUGAGCAAUGGAACCGAUCUGGACCAGCUUCUGUCUCCCAAUUCACGCUUCAAACUGGAGUGUAACACCACCGCUAAGAUCUACAGGAAGCAUUUUCUGGGCAAAGAACACUUUAAUUACUAUACAGUGGACAGUGCCCUGGGCCACCUGGUGUUCUCCAUGAAAUAUGAUGUUAUUGGGGACCAAGAGCAUCUCCGCCUCAUGCUCAGAACUAAAAUGAAAACAUAUCACGACGUGAUUCCAAUAUCUUGUCUGACCGAAUUCCCCAACAUUGUCCAGAUGGCCAAGCUCGUCUGUGAAGAGGUGAACGUGGACCGAUUUUUCCCUGUGCUUUACCCAAAGGCCUCCAGGCUCAUCGUCACUUUUGACGAACAUGUCAUAAGCAACAACUUCAAGUUUGGAGUCAUUUAUCAGAAGUUUGGACAGACCUCAGAGGAGGAGUUGUUUGGGAAUAACGAGGGAUGGUUUCGUGGAGGAUUGGACGUGACACAUGGACAGACAGGCUCUGAAUCUGUGUACCACAAUUUCCACAACAAGGAGAUCAUGUUCCACGUGUCAACUAAGCUGCCUUACACAGAGGGCGAUACACAGCAGCUACAAAGGAAGAGGCAUAUAGGAAAUGACAUCGUGGCCAUCCUGUUUCAAGAGGAGAAUACUCCAUUUGUGCCAGACAUGAUUGCCUCCAACUUCCUGCAUGCCUAUGUAGUGGUGCAAGUUGAAAAUGCCUGUUCUGACAACGUACUGUACAAGGUUUCAGUAACAGCGAGAGAUGACGUCCCCUUCUUCGGACCACCCCUCCCUAACCCAGCCAUUUUUAAGAAAGGCCCAGAGUUUCAUGAAUUCUUGCUUACCAAGCUGAUCAAUGCUGAAUACGCUUGUUACAAAGCUGAAAAAUUUGCCAGAUUAGAGGAGCGUACCCGGUCUGCCCUGCUGGAGACGCUGUACGAGGAGCUGCACAUCAAUAGUCAGGCUAUGAUGGGGCUGGGAGGAGAGGAGGACAAACUGGAGAAUGGAGGAGGAGGGGGAGGGGGCUUCUUUGAGUCUUUCAAGCGGGUGAUCCGCAGCAGGAGCCAGUCUCUGGACACCAUGGGCCUCAAUAUCAGGAAGUACACAGUCUCCAAUAGUCACAGCGGCAGUUUCACCCACAACAACAACAACAACCACCACUCACCAGAGUCCCCCAAACCCCCUGGGAUAUCAUUGCUUGUCCCAGGCAAAAGCCCAAGUAAAUAUGGACGUCGUGGCAGUGCCAUAGGAAUAGGAACCAUAGAAGAGUCUUUGAUCAUUCCUGGAAAAAGCCCAACUAGGAAAAAGUCAGGACCCUUUAGCUCUCGACGUAGCAGUGCUAUCGGCAUUGAGAACAUCCAGGAGGUCCAGGAGAAGAGAAUUGCUGCUCUGUUGUCAGAGGACAGGACAGUGCUCUGUCUUUCUCUACCCAGCGUCACUCUCAAGAAUGGGAGGCUCGUCGUGGAUCCUUCCAACAGUAGAGAGUGCUCUCCCAGUACACAGAAGACUCCUGACAGUGGCCACGCCUCACAGGACCCCAAGUCUGAAAACUCCUCCAAUCAGAGCUCUCCUGAGGUCCUCAUCACUAAGAACAGCUCAAACAUGUACUGCCGGGCUCCCUCCAUUCCUGAGGCUCAUGAUCUGUCCCGCUCCUCAUCUAACGCCAGCAGCUUUGCUAGUGUGGUAGAGGAAAAUGAAACAGAGGCCACAGAGGACUACGACACUGGCAUGGAGAGUCUGUGGUCAGCAGAUACUCCUCAUAAACGAGACUCGUUCACGUACAGCACAUGGCUGGAGGACAACAUGAGCACUACCGGUACAACCAGCAGGGGGAGCUCUCCUGCUCCUGGCAAAACGGAUGGUGGAAAGAACCAGGAGCAGAACCGUACAGACAUCCGCUUUAAACUUGAGCGACCAAAUGACCACAAGUCCACAUCGAACUGCUAGCCCCUCCUGCUUGACUGCCUCAUGGACAUCCAUCAGCAGUAUUUCCACUAGAAACACCUUAGAGAGAAAAGGAGAUCUUGAUGAAGAAGAGGACGACGACAACGGUUGGCUGACAACAUGUACAUGGCCCAGAACCACAAUCGUGACCAUAUCUCCAUCAGGACACUGUCUACCCUCGCAGACUUGACCAGAAACAGGAAGGAGUUGGUUACAGGCAGCCAGAGACUGUGCAUUGGCCCUCCUUCCAACUUGUCCUUCACCCUCCUUGUGAGUACAUCAGUAAAUGAAUGAGAACCUCCUCUGUAGCAGCAUCUACUGAUAGGCCACUGUGCUGAUGAGUGGCUAAACUAGCAGGUUAUUUGAGGUCCUAACACUGUGCUGAAAUUCAAUUCUGCGAAGUUUAUCUCCUAAAGAACAUUUCAUCUGCUUGCACGACAAAUGCUUUUUCAGCUGUCCCAAAUGGUGGACUCUGCUACAGGGAUAAGAGUAUGUUUCUGAAACCUAAAAUGACAAAUGGGACGCGAUACGGUUUUGAUGACUUCACUGUAAGUACAGUACACAUCAAAUGUGCUAUUUGGCAUAGGGCUGUAGAGACCAAACCAUUUAUCAUAUUCUGAUAUUGAUGUUCUGUCGUUCAGAUUUCAGUUGUGAAAACCUUUAAUCUGAUAUUCAUUGCAGCAUUGCAAUACAUCCUUUGGCAUUAUUUAAGAGUAACAGCACUCAAAAAGUUUUCCUGCAAAGAAAAAACAA